AUGGCCGCGUCGAUCCCAUCCACAAUGAGAGCUUCCCAAUGGACUUCCAUUCAGGGCACCAUCGAAAAGAGUCUCAAAGUGAACAACAAUGCAGCCUUGCCCAAAUCUGCAAGCUCACUUGGCAAGGACCAGACUCUUGUCAAGGUCCAUUAUGCCGCCCUGAACCCGGUUGACUACAAGCUGCCUGAAGCACCCGUCGUCGGCAACUUGGCCAUUUCCAAGCCAGCAUCGCCUUGUAUGGACUUCGCUGGUGUAGUUGUAAAGACUUCGAGAAGCGACCUACAACCCGGUCAAGCUGUCUUCGGCAAGACGGAGCCUCNNCCUCUUUUUGGUGCUAUGGCCGAGUACCUGGUCGCUGGUCGGGACGGAACUAUCGCUCUUCCCGAUGGCGUCAAGUCUGAGGAUGCCGCCUGUGUCGGUGUCGCUGGUUUGACCGCCUAUCAAUGCAUCGUUCCUAACGUCAAGGCUGGAGACAAAAUCUUCAUCAACGGUGGAUCAGGAGGCACUGGCUCUUUCGGUAUUCAGUUCGCCAAAGCCAUGGGCUGUGAGGUCACAACGACAUGCUCUGGACCAAACGUGGAACUCUGUAAAAGCCUGGGCGCCGAUGAGGUAAUUGACUACCGUACUCAAGACGUUCAUGAGACUUUUCUACGCAGUGGCAGGCGCUUCGACCUGAUUGUCGACUUUGUUGGCUCUCCAGAGUUGUACUGGCAGGCACACGACUGGUCCAAGGAAGGCGCGAAGGUCGUCAACGUCGGAGCCACCAUGACCAUGGACUUCUUCCGUCGUCUACUGCCAAUCUUCCUCCUGCCAAGAUUCUUGGGAGGCGGUACAAUGAAGUACGAGUUCCUGACAUGUCACGCUAAAGAAGCUGACUUCAAGCAAAUUGGAACGUGGAUGUCUGAAGGAAAGGUGAAGCCUGUCAUCGCUGAGAUGUUCAGUCUCGAAGAUGUACCGAAGGCUUUCGAAACGCUCAAGACUGGUCGCGUCCGUGGCAAGUUGGUUGUCAAGGUCUCGAAUGAGUAA